AUGGAUAUACCACAGAGUUUAAACGAAGAUGAUCCACGUGAUCAUCAAAGUUUGGAAGGUCAAGUCCAGAAAAUUAAGAAUGAUAUCCUGGGUUUAAACUAUCCAGAAGAUAGUGAAGUGAAGGAUCCCCUGCCUCAGAUCGAGCUGAAGGCUGUGACAAGGAGAAAAGUUAAGACCAAGAGGAGGACCAGUGCCAACAGGUCCACAGUUGAACAGAGCACUGAUACUGAUGCUGCCGAGAGAGAUUUAGUUGAUAAUCAGAGUUAUGAAGAUGAGGAUAAGGUGAAGAAGGAUCCCCUGCCUCAGAUGGAGCAGGAUGCUGUGAAGAGAAAUAAAGUCAAGACCAAGAGGACCAAGAGAAACAAAGUGGAGCAGAUCACUGAUACAGAUGCAGGUCCCUCUACAUCUGUGGAAUUUUCUGGGAUGACAGUUCAGGGGACAUCUCACGAGGGACAAUCUAAUGAAAAGAUCCUGAGUGAGUGUGUCUCCAGGGCCUGUCAGACCAGGGCUCUUGACCUCCCGCCAAUCGAUCCGGAUGCUUUCAACCCGAUUAUCAUCCGGUUUCUGGAAAAACUUACUGAGGAGCAAUGGAGGCAGUUAAACAUUGGCAGGAUGGACCCUGUGAUGAGGGCAUUGCUUGCAGAGAUGUGCCUGGAGAUUGUGCGGUUUGUAUCUGAGGCCAUCCUGGAGGUCAUCAUCCCUGCAAUUUUCCGUUUUGUACGGAUAUACAGCCAUGUGUCUCCAGUAUCCGGCAAGUCUCUGACAGAAUCAGAGAGAUCCUCUAGCACAAACCUGAAGGUUCACAAGAGAGGCAGCAGCAAAUCCUCAAGGUCUUGCACGGCCAAAUCAAGCUCCUCUCGUAAUGGGUCUCAGACAGUGUUGCCAAAUACUCAGGGAGAUUGUGAGUCUAUAUCAUCUGAGCCACUCAGGGACUUUUUUGGGAUCACUGAGGACAGUCUCCUCACUGGUGUCCAGGAUUCCUUCAAAGAGUCGCUGAACAAUGUCCUCUGUAUCCAAAGAGAGGGCCAGGUAGACACUCAAAGUCUAUCCCGGGUUAUUGUUGGAGAAGUGUCAAAGAAGGUCAAUUCCAUAAUCUCUGUGGCCAUCCAAACUCCCAUCUCUGGCCAAAUGUCCCCUGUCAUUUUUGCCAGUGGUGGUGUCUCCAGAACCAAGGUUGUUGAGGAGAUGGUGUCUCUCGUUUCCAACAUACUUCAGAUGUAUAUUAAUGGGAAGAGUGUUGAGCAGAGUGUUGUUCUCAGAGAGGAUGGUGUUGAGGAGGUUCAGACCAAGGCCACUGAAUCGAUCCGGGAGAUUGUUAAAAGAUUCAGGGGUUGUACAUCAUGUUGUUCUGGCACUACAUCAUCUAGUCCAACUCCUAGGAUAGGUGAGAUCAGAGACCUUAUGAUUGACCCUGAGGGCUCUGAGUUGGUAAGUACCUUUGUUUCAGACAUGGACAAUCUUACCCAGUUUAUCAGGGCAUCCUGCUCUCCUGCACAGAGUGAGCAGAUCCUUCUUGAAAACCAUCAGAGUAAGAUCUGGUCUUACACUGUUGGCUGUUACUACGACAUGAAAAAUAUGCUGAAGAGGAUUCUUACCUGUCCAGAAAAAGGGGAUCUCGCAAGUACAUUUGUGAAGAGCACAAAAGAUUAUUUCACAAUGGUUCCAACUUUUUGCCUGGACUUCGAUCAUUCCAGUAAUGGUGAGGCUGACACAUCGGACUCCAUUUCUUGUAAACCACUUUUAAUAACCCCCUCAUCUAUGAAUAAACAAAAAGGACAAAGUGAGACCCCAAAACCUCUCAAAAAGUAUUUGCAAGACCAAGUCCUCCUUGACACCACAAAAGCGAUUGCCAGCCAGGUUCUAGUCUUGUAUAAGACUGAGGUGAUGGAGAAGUUCUCAUCUUCUGUUGGAGAGUGUGAUUCUGAAGAGUCUCUGGAGGCCAUUCUAUUUGUGGAUGGCAUCAUGUCUGACUUGAAUGAUUUCACCAGUUCUUGUUCCCCCUCACCAUGUGAGUUGUUAGACAGUGAACAAUAUCUCUCCCAUCUCACUUUUAAACUUGGUCUGCAGGACAGCACCACCAACAGUGAAUCUACCCAGAAUCUUCCAGUUAUAAAUAUGAAGAAACUCUCCAGUGUGUCUUUCCAGACAAAGGCUAGAAAGGCAGUGAGUGAAGCUCUGAGAUCUACCAACCCCUUUACAAACAGCUUACUGGGAGACUCUGAAGCAUCUAAAUUGCUGGACACUUUUGUAACAGAUGUGGAGGCUGUUGUUCAGUCCAUGCAGGCACGUGAAUCUGAAAAUGUCCAAAUUUCAAAAGUGAGCACCCUUUCUGCUGCUCGUAUUAUAUAUCAUAGAUUUCGAGAAAUGCUGAGGCGGUUUCUCAUUCCCUGCCAAGACAAUGUAAAGGUCAUCGAUGGUGUUACACCAAUACAUGAUGACACUCUCAAACAGGCUCCGAGUGAAAGUUUAGAUUCUCAGGUGACUUGUAAUAGUGAUUCUCUUGAAAUCCAAGCGGACCUUCAAGCCUGUACCAAGGAGGUCAUUAGUCAAAUCCUCACUGUGUAUCACUCUGAGGAAUCCAUGGAGGAAUGCUUCUCUAGCCUAAAAGGAGAUACAGAAGACCUGUCCAAGCUUUUGGAUGUCGUUGUUUCUCAGAUUGACGUCCUUGCCGCCUCCAAAUCAUAUUUAUCUGUUGAUGACUAUGCUGUCAAUACACAGGACAAUUUGCAUGGUGAGAUCAACAAUGAUGAGGAGGAGGCAUCCUCUAGAAGUCUUAAAUCCACAGCCUUUGACAAACUAUGUACUGAGGAGUUUCAAACUAAAGCCUCACAUAUGGCUGGUGGGAUCCUUCAAUCAGGGUUAAUUGGCAUUGUAAAUACCAGCCUUGAUGGUAGAAGUGCAGACAUUUGUGCAGAGUCCAGUAAUGAUGGUGAUGAUAGAGAUGUCAAAAUCCUUCAGAAGAGUGGAACUCCACCUUUGUUCACCUCUUCUCUGCACACCAAUUCUGCAGCAUCCAACAUCGUCAUAAGCAUCACUAAAGACCUUAAUAGCUUCACCCAGAUGACCAAAAUGUCUGAUGCUUCAGUGUCUGGCCAGUUAGAGACCUCCCUGUCAGCUUCAACCCUUCCUGUCAGUGUUCACAACGGGGCCAAUGUGAAAGGAAAGAUCAUUUGGCCAGGCACUGUUAACCUGUUCAACAAUGUGUUCACCAAGGUCAAGGAUUUUUUUGCCCAGCAACAACCGGUCCUCCUAGACAAUGUGGUUGAGGCCCCCAAACAUGCCGAAUCCAUAUGCAGAACAGCUACUUCUACACAAAUGACUUACAGUGAACAUGAAGGCAGCCAGACCAGCAUGGUAAAUUAUUCCAAAGCCUUAAUUAGUCAGACUCUGAUGACAAUCCAGAGGAGAGUGUCUAUGUCAGAGAGGAUGAGCACUUCAGAGAAAGGCCUCUUGACUCGUUCCAUUGUGGGCUCCAUGUUGGAGGAUGUUGACAUGGUGAGAACUGAUGGACACGAGAUACACCGGCCAUCCUCCUCAAAGUCCUCCCUGUCCAUCACCUCUGACAUGACCAGAGGGUCUCAGAGUGAUUUUACAAAUUCUCUUCCAGGCACUCCAGUCCCCAAUGACUGGCCUGUUGAAAUCUAUUGUCCUAUCAUUAGGAGUUCGGUCAUUGAUAUGAGUGAGUCCUCAACUCAUUCACAAGGGUCAACAAAUUACACAAGGCAAACCAUCUCUGCCAUAGUUGACACUGUUAUGGAGGUCAUUCCAAGAGAAGAUACAGAACACAUAGCCACUGCAGAUGAUGUCACUUCUUUUACAAGAAGACUUGCGAGACUCAGCCCCAGGGACGGUCUUCAGAACUUCUCACAUGAGCUCACUGACAAAGUUUAUGAGCUCAUAAAAAGUCACAACACCCCCCAGGCUCUUUUUGUGCCAGCUGGCAAGAGCGUGUCUGACUCUAUUCUUUUGAAGCUGAAGACAGGAUUGAAUGCUUCUGAAGAAUCCAGGGAGUUUCCAUCUGACCUUGUGUACUCCUUUACUAUGGAGUCAAUAAAACGUCUGCUACAGCAGAUUGUCUUCUGGCUUCCUCCACCAUCACAAGGAUCCGAUUUAUGCCAAACUAUCAUCUCUGAUGGUUCUCUGCAGGAAACAAGUCGGCUUAUGCCGAGCUCUUCUUCCAUCUCCAUUAGUUCCUCACAGGUUUUCUGUGACACAAAGAGCCUUUUCACCAAUAUAAUGGUCAAUCAGGUCAUGGAUACCUGUUCUGUGGUCUCCAAUUCAUCAGAAGAAUUAUCAGAGUUGAUGAACAUAAUCAAUAGGUUGUCCCCAACUGAUGCUGGAACACUGGACUCUGACAGACCGGCUCUCAUGACCACUAGCCGUCAGUCUAGUUCCAAAUCAUUGCCUAGACCCUCUCUGUCUGGCAGCAGUACACACAAUGGUGGAACUGUGGAUAUUCAAGUUUUAGGAGAGGUGGAAUCCAAGAUGGACAACAAAGAUCUGGAGAUGUCUAGUGUCUCUGUGCAUCCAUCAACUCCAUCAGCCAUGAACUCUGAUACACAUGCAUCAUUUGACUCCACUAGCAAUGACUACACCUCUUUGGUACUUUUACUGAUUGUUAGAUUGCUGUCAAUGAUCACCCCUAUCACAUUACUGGAAUCCUCUGACAUUGGUGAAACAUCAAGAGUUCUCACAAAGAGGAUUCUGUCUGAGUUCUGUGGCACCUCAGGCCUUGAACCAACUCAAGCCUACCCCCAGAAUCUGAAAAUCAAAAAGAUUUUCAAGGCUGUCUACAUGGGGCUUCUUCAAGAAUUUGGGUCAGAGAAGAUGCUCCAGGUUGCAAUGAAGUCAACGGAUUAUGCAUUUGACGAUGCCCUGGUCAAAUUAUUAACGAGGGAACUACUAACUAAAUGCAAUGAGGCGAGCUCUUCACCUCCCUCCAUGACACAGUUGUCAUCACACAAUGCACUUGGCAGUGACGAGGUAGGUAAUUCUGGGCUUCCAACAACUGGUAUAAAGGAAAAGAAGAGAGGAAGAUUCAGCACUCUCUGUGGACUCAAUCCAAAGUGUACAAAGAAGGUCAACAAGAAGAACCACUGCACUCCAACACCUUCCCAGAACCAGACCCCUGCCGUCAGUGAAACAGCAAUUGUCAAUGAUCAAGACUUCGACCGAACAGAGAGUAUAUGCUCCACCAAGAAGAAACCAAGGAAGCGUUCGCUCAUUUCCAGGAUGUUUUCAGCUAUAGGAAAAGCCUUUUCCAGUCCCUUUACUUCCUGCUAUAAAAAGAAGAGCACCUAAUCUAUAUUUCAAAAUAAAUAUUUGAAAUGAACAUAAUUGCAUUAAUUCUUCAUGUUGAGUGUUUU